AUGAAACGGACUCUAAUCGACCGUCUCCUUGCAAGCUUCAAUUCAGACCCUUUCAAGACUGCAGACGCAAACUCAGCGACCGGCAAACGAACAUUUGAAGCGAUCCAUUUCUCAUGGUACAACCGUCACUGUACACAGGGACAUUCUGCGCCUGCGGACAUCCCUCCCGCUCUGCUGAGCAGAGCGGGUUGUACUCAAACCAACCAUGGUCAAUUUUUACUGUACAUGUCGAGGGACAUGGAAGACCACCAGACAGUCUACCAGUCCCUCAAAAGUGUCUUCGCAGACGUGUUCGGUUGGAUAGAUGACCAGCUUCAAAUGUUCUUGCCAGGGGAAUACGAACGGCUUGAAGCUAUGGCCGCUAUUCUACCUGGUAAUAACGUCUCGGUGGUCAGCCCGUUCGUCGGACUAGUGGUCAACCUCAACGUUGUCACUCGAGCCCACAGAGACAGCAAAGAUGACGGUGUAUGCCUUGUCUUGCCAAUUGGUGAAUUUGACGGCGGUGAGUUGUGUCUUGUGGAGCCAGGCCUCAUCAUUCCACUUCGACACGGUGAAUUUGCCGUCUUUCCUUCCUGCGACUUCACACAUUUUAACAUGCAUUAUACUGGCACUCAUGCAUCCAUCGUUUUACAAUCAGACCGGGAGAUGUGUAAAUGGACUGCAGACGAUCGUAAUGGCUGGGUUUCCAGCAAUCACUUCAGAUAG